CUUUCCGGUCCGAGGGAGCUGGCGGGAGGACGCGCGUGAGGCAGCGCGUGGCGAGGGCAAGAUGGCGGACGGGCCAGGCUCUGUUUCUAAGAAACACAAGAAGAAAAAAGAAAAGAAAUCUUUGCCAGAUGAAGAUGUUGCUGAUAUACAACACACAGAAGAAUUCCUUAUCAAGCCUGAGUCCAGAGUGGCUCAGCUGGACACAUCACAGUGGCCUUUACUUCUCAAGAAUUUUGACAAGCUGAAUGUGAGAACUGCACACUACACACCCCUUCCUUCUGGUUGUAAUCCUUUAAAAAGAGAGAUUGCUGAGUAUGUAAGGACGGGCUUCAUCAAUCUGGAUAAACCCUCCAACCCUUCUUCCCACGAGGUGGUGGCCUGGAUCCGCCGCAUCCUCCGAGUUGAGAAGACGGGGCAUAGUGGUACGCUGGACCCCAAAGUGACAGGGUGUCUGAUUGUAUGCAUCGAUCGAGCGACGCGCAUGGUGAAGUCUCAGCAAAGCGCAGGCAAAGAGUAUGUGGGAAUCGUUCGGCUGCACAAUGCAAUUGAGAGCGAGGUUCAGCUUUCAAGGGCAAUAGAAACACUGACAGGGGCCCUCUUCCAGCGGCCCCCCCUCAUUGCUGCAGUGAAGAGGCAGCUGAGAGUCCGAACCAUCUAUGAGAGCAAAUUGAUAGAGUAUGAUCCUGAAAGAAGAUUGGGUAUCUUUUGGGUGAGCUGUGAGGCUGGCACCUACAUCCGAACGCUGUGCGUCCACUUGGGCUUAUUGCUGGGUGUUGGAGGACAGAUGCAGGAGCUGCGGCGAGUGCGCUCUGGGGUCAUGGGAGAAAAGGACCACAUGGUGACCAUGCACGAUGUACUGGAUGCUCAGUGGCAAUAUGACAACAACAAGGACGAGAAUUACCUCAGGAGGGUGAUCUUCCCUUUGGAGAAGCUGCUGACGUCCCACAAGCGGCUGGUUAUGAAAGACAGCGCGGUGAAUGCCAUUUGCUACGGGGCCAAGAUCAUGCUGCCCGGCCUUUUGCGGUAUGAAGAUGGCAUCGAGGUCAACCAGGAGAUUGUCGUCAUCACCACGAAAGGAGAGGCCAUCUGCACAGCCAUUGCCCUCAUGACGACUGCAGUGAUCUCCACGUGCGACCACGGUGUUGUGGCAAAGAUCAAGCGAGUGAUCAUGGAAAGAGACACCUACCCUCGCAAGUGGGGGCUUGGCCCGAAGGCUUCUCAGAAAAAGAUGAUGAUCAAGCAAGGCCUGUUGGACGCGCACGGCAAGCCGAACGACAAAACUCCACAAACCUGGAAGAAGGACUACGUGGACUACAGUAGGGUUAUUACAAAGAAGGAGGUAACAGAGGAAGUUGUCCAAGCGGAGCCAGAGAGGGCACCAAAGAGAAAGAGGGAGACGGAGAGUGAUGGAGAAGCAGCCUCUUCUCCCCGCGUUUCUCCUGAGCCACAGGCGGAGAUCAAGAAGAAGAAGAAGAAAAAGAAAGAGAAGAGGAAAAUGGAAUCCCCUGAGAGUAGCGGCGAGGUGACUGAAGCGGUGAGCGACACAAGCAUGAAGAAGAAGAAAAAAAAGAAAAAGAAGCAAGAAGAAAUAGAGGAGAGUUCAGAAUAACCA